GCUGCUGAUAAUGGCUGCAGUUGAGGUGGCACUUUGUGGGCGCUGUGUUGUUUAGACCGGCUAAAAAACCACUCACGCUUACCGCAGAUGAAACAGACCUCAACAUUAGGCCGUAAUCUAAGGUAUUAGCUGUUUGGCUGUGAUAUAACGUCGCUUAGCUCGCUUGUCUUGACAAAUUGUUUCAGGCAAACCGUCAGCUGUUAUUAGCUGAGGUCUGAGCUAAAUGAGCGCCUGUCAGCCUGAAAAGCGACUUUGUUUCGGAAGAUUAAAGUGGAUUUUAAAGUUAACGGCGUCUCUGUGGUUAAGAGUUUACAGCAGAGCUUGAUGACCAAGUUGACUUUAUCACCUCUGGAGUCAAAGCUAGGCUAGCACCCCUCCUCCACUACCCCUCUUCGGCCCUGCUUUGUUUUUGUUUGGUUUGUAGCCCUCCUGAAGAUGUCAUCGUGGCUGGGUGGACUCGGCUCCGGCCUCGGUCAGUCUCUGGGCCAGGUCAGCGGGAGCCUGUCCUCUUUCACCGGACAGAUAUCAGAUUUUACCAAAGACAUGUUACUGGAAGGGGUGGAAGAAGUAGGAGAUGCUUCCACAGAACUGCAGGUAUCCAAUUCCAGGUUGGCUGAAGUCGAGGCUGCAUUUGCCACUCAGAAAUCUGAGUAUGACAGAUUAAGAAAGCUCCAUGCAGAGCUCGAGGAGAAGCUGGAAGCAUCAGAGAUCCAGAUUAAAGGACAGUCUGCAGAGUACAGAACCCUUCUGCAACAGAAAGAUGUGGAGAUCAGUCACCUGAAAGCUCGGCAGAGUGGACUCCAGGAAGAAGUCCAGAAGCUGCAGCAGUCGGCUCAGUCUGCCUCUGUUGGUUCUGCAUUGCUGCCUGUCACCACUACUUCCUCGACCACUACCUCCUCGUCUGCUUCCUCUUUCCUGUCACGGCCCUCCCACCAGGGCUUCCACGGCGACGAAAUGGACCUCAGCGAUGUCAUCUGGUCGCAGCAGGAGAUCAACCGGCUGUCGACAGAAGUCAUGCGUCUGGAGGCAGAGGUGGCACACUGGAGGCGAAUGUCCCAGGCAUCAACAGCGGCAGGAGCUGGUAAUGGCGACCAGGGUGAGAUUCUCAAACUUCAAAGAACUAUUAAGGAGCUGCGAGAGGAGAUGAGUCGUGAGGUGGAUGAACACCAGCAUGAACUGGCUGCUCUGCAGGACGCCCAGCGGCAGAAGAUGGCUGAUAUCACACGACGACAUAGAGAGGAUUUAGCAGAGUACGAGGAAAGGAUAGAGGAGCUGGAGGAACAGAUUGGUGGUGGUCAAGCCAUUUCUCCAUCAGAUGCCUCCAAACUGUCUGAACUCCAGAAAACCAUAAGCUCCCUGCAGGAAGCAGCAGAUCAGCGGGAGAAGCAGCUGGUCGAGCUGUCUGCCAGGCUGGAGGAGGCACAGAAGGAACAGGCCUCGCUGCAGCUGGAGAAAGAUGAUGCCCAGGAAGAAAACGCUGGGCUGCUGCAGAACUACACACGGCUGCAGGCCUCCGUCACAGAGCUUCAGACACGAGUACAAGAGCAAGAGGGGAAAGCUCUGCAAAAAGCCCAGCUAGACCACGAGAUCCAAGUGCUGAGAAAAAACCUUGCAGGUGCAGAAAAAGAAAUAGAGAGACUGAAAAGCCUGUCUGAGGCUGAACCAAAGGAAGAAGUUGAGCAUGCAGACAUCUUAGAACUAAACACCAUUAUUGGGACGUUGAGACAAGAAAAGGAAGUCCUAGAACAAGAAAAGCUUAAUCUGCAAGAAAGACUAAAAAUGACAGAGGAACAAAUAGUUAGCAAUAAUGAAGCUGAGAGUGGUGAAUCAGAGUCACUGGAGGAUCUGAAGGCAGAGCUGGAGAGGAGAGAAAAGGCUCUCCGAAACACUGAGGAGGAACGGGACACCCUGAUGUCUGAGCUGGAGGAACUAGAUCGGCAAAACCAGGAAGCAACACAGCAUAUGAUCUCAGUGAAGGAGCAGCUCUCUGGACAGCUGAAGGAGGCCGAGGCAGAACUGACAAGACUGACUGCUGAGCUCAACACAACCAAAGAUCAGAAGAGGGCACUGGGGCAAGAGCUGGAGACCCAUAAAGAGAAAAUAAGCCAGAGCGCUUUUACCCUUAACGACCUGCAUAUGGGCAAACAGCAGUUGGAACGGACGGUGAAGGAGCUGAAAGACAAGCUGGGACAUGCACAGGAGCAGAGCAGGGAGGCACGUCGAGAAAUCACAGAGCUGAGGAAGAUUUUGCAGGAGAGAGAGGAGCAACUUUCUGUUGCCAAAGCAGAGCUAGAUCAAGCAGGGGAUGGAGGAACUGAGGCACAGGGAACUGAAGAGAAGCUAGCAGUGAAGGAGAGAGAGUUGUCAGACCUCAGGAGAGAAAUGGAUGAGAUGAGGAGCUCUCAGGAGAAGGCGAUGUCUGACGACUAUGAGUUAAAGAUGGAGAACAGAAGGUUGAAGACGGAGAAUGAGCAGGCUCUGGGUAAAGGUGAGGAACAAGCCAAGCAGAUGAAGGAAAGACAGGCAGCUCUGAACAGGACGGUACGGGAGAAGGACACUCGUAUCGAAGCUCUGAAGCUGGAGAAAACUCAACUAGAGGGUGAAUUGAGGCAGGCUGAGAGCACACUAACAGAACAGGCAAAACAGUACCAGCAGACCAUCGAGGAGUUGACUCGAGCCCGCUCCAUGGAUGCAUCUGCUUUACAGAGGGAGCAUGAGCGAGCCAUCAAACUCAACCAGGAGAAAGACAUGGAGAUAGCUCAGCUGAAGAGAGACAUGGAGCAGUUGGCGUCUGACCACAGAGACACCAAUGAGAUGCUUUCGAUCACAGUUGCAGGGCAGAAGCAGCUGACAGAUUUGCUGCAGGAGAAGGAUGUCUUCAUGGAUACUUUAAAACAAAACGCUUCCGAUUUGCAGACGGAGAUGGAGAACAGUAUUUCAGUCGCAACGAAGGAAGUGGAUGCUCUCAGACAGGCGCUAGAGGAGAAGGAUAAACAGUUGGGUGGUAUGAAAGAGGAGAACAGUCAUUUGAAAGAAGAGAUUGACCGACUCAGGGAUCAGCAGAGCAGACCUCAAUCUCUGGCUGAGCCCAGGACCUUAGACAUCAUCACAGAGCUGGAGACAGAGAUCACCCAGCUCAAGUCCUCCAGGAGUGGUCUGGAAGAGGAGGUCCAGACUCUGAGGAAAACCAUGGAAGAGCAGCAAGCCUCUAUCCUUCUGUCGCAGCAGUCCCUCAAGGCUCAGCAGAGUGAGCUUGAGCAGGCUCAUGCUCGCCAUCAGCAGACCACACUUAACUAUGACAGACUCAUCCAUGCCAGAGAUGAAGACAUAUCCCGCCUCCAGGAGAUGGUAGAGCAGCUCAGUGAGAGUCGAGGUCGUGCUGACUCCCCCCCUGUGCAGGGAGAGGUCAUCCUGCAGGAGGAGAAGACCCAGACUCUAAAUCAGGAGAAUGGCAACGAGAAACAUGACCUGUCUAAGGUAGAAAUAGAAAAACUGGUGAGAGGCAUCAAGGAGAAAGAGACUGAGAUCAGCCAGCUGAAUGAGAAGAACCUCUCACUGACCAGACAGUUGGAUCAGCUGGUGGUGUCUCGUGAUGAAGUGGGCAGACUGUCCCAGAUGAUCCUGCAGAAGGAUCUGGAGAUCCAGGCGCUUCAUGCCAGAGUGUCCAUGGGUGUAGGUGGUGGACACAGCCAGGAUGUCAUGUUCCUACAGCAGCAGCUGCAGGCGUAUGCUGUGGAGAGAGAGCAAGUGCUAGCUGUACUUAACGAGAAGACAAGGGAGAACAGCCAGCUUCGUUCCGACUAUCACCGUCUCAUGGAUAUCAUGGCAGGGAAGGAGGCGGCCCUAUUGAAGCUUCAGCAGGAGAACCAACGCCUCUCCAGUAUGAGUGAUCCCUCAGGAAGCCAAGAGAUGUUCAAGGAGACCAUCCAGAACCUGUCCCGCAUCAUCAGGGAGAAGGACAUAGAGAUUGAUGCGUUGACCCAGAAGUGCCAAACCCUGGUGGCCGUCCUGCAGUCCUCAGGAGGAGAGUCUGGUGCGAUUUCCGGAGGCGUCAGCAGCAACCAGUUUGAGGAGCUGCUGCAGGAGAGGGACACACUGAAACAGCAGGUGAAGAAGAUGGAGGAGUGGAAGCAGCAGGUGAUCACCACAGUCAAGAACAUGCAGCAUGAGUCUGCUCAGCUGCAGGAGGAGCUGAUCAAACUACAGGGUCAGGUCUCUGCUGAGAGUGACUGCAGCUCCAAGCUGUCGGUGGAUUACACUCGACUGAUCCAGAGCUACGAGCUGAAGGAAAGGAGACUGGGAAGUCUGAGUCAGGAACUCGCUCAGGUCCAGCAAACCAUCACCCAGCUCAGCACCACCAAGGAUGUCCUGCUGGGUAAACUAGACAGCGUAUCACAGACUCCUGAAGUCGUAGCUGCUCAGUCUAGUGGACCUUCUCUCACAGCUGAUGCUCCAACCCACCAGACCUCUCCAACAGUAAACAAUGAGAAACUGCAGGAAGAACUUGUACGAUUGCAUGCUCAGUUGGCUGAGAGGGAAAACAUGAUCAGGACUAUUCAGGAGAACAACCACCGGCUCUCCAACUCAGCAUCUGCCUCAGAGAGCGAGCAGAGAAGUCAGGCCGAGGAGGUUCGGCUGGUCAGAGAGAGGCUGGAAGCCCUGCAGAGGUCUGUGAGGGAGAAAGACCUGCUCAUCAAAACCAAAGGCGACCAGCUAAGUCAGGUCAGUGAGGCACUACGUAAUCGUGAGAAUGACAACGAGGUGCUGAAGCAGGCCGUGACCAACCUGAAAGAGCGUGCUCUUAUUCUGGAAAUGGAUGGGAAGAAGCUGAAGGAGGAGAACGAGCUGGUAGCGGCACGCUCUCGAGAGAAAGAGUCAGAGUUCAGAGCGCUGCAGGAAACCAACAUGCAGGUUUCCCUCCUGCUGAGAGAGAAGGAAUUUGAACUGAGUGCAGUGAGCGAGAAGGCUGCAACUGUGGAGAGGAUGCUCAAGGACAAAGAUCAGGGUAAGUCUGGUGAGCUGAAUCAACUCCUGAAUGAAAUGAAGUCCAUGCAGGACAAAGCUGUGGGGUUCCAGCAGGAGAGGGAUCAGGUGAUGAUGGCACUCAAGCAAAAACAAAUGGAGACCACUGCAGUACAAACUGAGCUUCAGCAUAUGAGGGAUAAAGAACAGCGUCUCAACUUGGAGCUGGAAAGGUUGCGUAAUCACCUCUUGGAGAUUGAGGACUCAUACACGAGAGAAGCCCUCGCUGCAGAGGACAGGGAGACUGAACUCCGUAGGAGGGUGGCACUGCUGGACGAGAAACUGGCCACGUCCUCGAGUGCUGUGGAGAAUGCCAGCCAACAGGCAAGCAUGCAGGUGGAGUCUCUGCAGGAGCAGCUGAAUGGAGUGGUGAAGCAGAGGGACGAUGCACUCAUCCAUCUCAGAACCUCCCAGGAGCAGGUCAACCAGUACGCAGUGUCGCUCUCUAACCUGCAGAUGGUGCUAGAGCAGUUUCAACAAGAAGAGAAAACCAUGUACUCAGCAGAGCUUGAGAGGCACAAGAAGGAGAAGGAGGAGUGGAGAAGAAAAGCUCAGAGGCUGGAAGACCAAGCAUCUGCCCUUCAGAUUAACCUCAAUGAAGCCAACACUGCUCUAGAUUCAGCGUCUCGCCUCACCGAUCAGCUCGAUCUAAAGGAGGAACAAAUUGAAGAGCUGAAAAAACAAGUGGAUGUGAGACAGGAGAUGUUGGAGGAGGCGCAGAAGAAACUGAUGACACUUCUGAACAGCACAGAGGGAAAGAUAGACAAAGUUCUGAUGCGUAACCUGUUCUUGGGAUACUUCCACACACCUAAAACCAAGCGUGCCGAUGUGCUGAGGCUCAUGGGAAGUGUUCUGGGACUGAGCCGAGAAGAUGUUGAUAAGAUGUUGGAGGAGGACGGACGUCAUGGUGUUACUGGAUGGAUGUCGAGCUGGCUGGGAGGCAGAGGACAAAGUGUCCCAAACACUCCCCAGAGGCCCACCAGUGGCCAAGGGCUCAACUCGUCCUUCUCAGAGAUGUUUGUAAAGUUCCUGGAGAUUGAGUCGACCCCUUCGCUGCCCGCAGCAAAGCUUUCAGUCCAUGACAUGAAAGCUCUGAGCGCCCCGCCGCCGAGAAGAACCAGCAGUGCUGCUUCCAGCACCGCCGCAGGAGCUGCAGCAGUCAGCAAGCGAGCCGGCGAUUCCAAUCCUUUCCUGGCCCCUCGCUCUGCUGCGGUGCCCCUGCUGGCUGGUUCCGGCUCUGACGGCUCAGGGGGUCACCUGCUGAUGAAGCCCAUCUCUGAUGCCCUGCCCUCCUUCACACCUGUGCCGGUCUCCGCUGAGGCCAGUGCUGGAGCUGUGCUCAAAGACUUGUUAAAGCAGUGAUCGGCCCCUUAUAGACAUCUUAAAUGUUGAUCUUAAUGAGUGUUACACUACACAGACUGAGAUAUUUGAGCAGUUCUGCUACUUAUUGCUGCUCUUUUUUUUUCGUGCAAAAAUAAAUGAUCAGAUAAUUCACAAAGGCUUAAUAUUCCCUUUUUUGGGAGGGGAUAGAAAUUAAAUAACUUUUUUAGACUCAGUUGUGCUUUCAACUGCUGUUCUAUGCAACAGAGUCUCCCUUUACACAUCAGUAAAAGUAUUUCCAACUCAUUACAUUAUGGUUAAGUGUCCACCCACAAGCUGAAAAUGAUCAAUGAAGUGACUCCACAUGCAAAAAGGAGGCAGGAUAAGAACAUUUUCAAGUUGUGGGUCAUUCAGAGUGAGAGCAACACAGUAGAUUUUCAUAAAAACUGACCUUUUGAUUGAGUUACGUCUACGUUAUUUUGAUUUUCAUUCAUCGCACCAGUUCUGAACACAAGUGACCUUGUAAACUCACUGUGUGCAGUUCAAUACCUGUGUUGAGUUAAUCAUCAGCUCUGCAAGAGGAAACUUCUCCUUUACUUUUCAUCCUUUGACUUGCAUUGAACAACUUUUAUUUUCUUGUCUUCAGAGUCUUUUUUUUUUUUCUUUUCAACAAUGCAGUGAAUUGUUUCUGAUCCAGGACUUGCCUAAAAACUCUCUGGCAGCAGUAUCAUGCAUAGAGAUUUAUGUGGUUCAGUACAUCUGUUAAAACCAUAAAGACAUUUUUGCUAAAUCUUGUCUUUUCCAGAAGGCCAGACUGUGAUAUGCAACAAGCAUUGUAAUUAUGGCUGUAACUGCGGACUGUGGUUGAUCAGAGACUUAAGACUGCUCUUAUGUUUAAGUACAGUACUAUUAUAUAGUUAUAUAUAUGUAAAUGGGUGGCGUUUUUCCUAUUUAUGGGCACUAAGGAAGUUAAGUGCCUGCAUUUUUGCUAAUUAGUUGUAUAAUCAGGAUUGUAAAUGGUUAAUAUAAAUAUAUAUUUACAAAAUGUAAAAACUGCACAUUUAAAAAGUUUUACCUGUGCCAGCGUGUAACUGAGCUGCUCUACAUUUUUGUAUAGACAUCAAUCAGCCGCUGCAGAAGGAAUGUUACAGGGUUUCUCCAGGUGUAUUGAUAAAAUGUAUAAACUGUUUAGAUGUAAAAAUCUGAAACUCAGAGGUGUUAAAAAGGAGCUGGAUUACCUUGAACUUGAACUAACUGAGGUUAGUACCUGUGACUUAAUUGGAAUUUCAAAUCAAAUAAAGACACUGCUGACCCUUUA